AUGGAGAGAAUUUUCACGUACAUUGCAGCCUUGUUUACACGUCUACUAUUUUCAUUGCAUGCAAUUGUGAUGAUUUACUGGUUGGUGACUUUAAAGCAAGACGAAACGUACUUUCUUUUCCUGCUUCUUCUUGUCGCUCUACUCGUGGAAACAAUAUUUACUGUUGGAGUACGCAAGGGACAUGAAUACAGCUGGUAAGUAUAACAAUGCUCCGCCGGUAUCAGACGAUAAAUAAUACCAUUUCUGGUGAAAUAUUAAGUUUCAGCGCGGUCCCCGCAUGCCGUGUUAAUAUUUUAAACACGACAGGAUAUUUUGUCCUUAUAAUUCAAAAGAUGUCCAGCAUGUUAUAACUGAUAAUUACAGCAAGAAAAAAACACAAGAAAAUAACAGUUAUUAUAGCUAAAAAAAUUCAGGAAAGGUUCGAAACAAAACUUUUCGUUAUCUACUCUACAUUGAAAUUAUUUCCUCCUCGUACAAGUGAGUCUGUACAAUAUGGGAAAGUUGAUUGAAUAGGGUUAAAAAUACGAGAUCUUCUAGCUCGAUUACCAGUGGCUGUUGGGCAAACGAUCCAGGGUUCAUUUAAGGUGACGUGCAAAAUUUCUUCUUCUUCUAACUCAAACAUACUGCGUUCCGUUUGCUUUUCAUUAAGAAGAUCAAGGAGAACUUUUUGAAUAAAACGAAGCAUUGCAAUAUACUUAUUGAGCCAGCGGGUAGAAUGUCUGACCUGAUUGUCUUUCUUAUAUUGAGAAACCCCAUGAAACAUCGUUCUCCAAAGAAAAAAAUAUCCAGCGAAAAAGGGUCGCAGGAAGUUUGCAGACAACUUGAAGUUUUUAUUCGAACUUGUCUCGAUCGCUUUCAUCCAUAAGAGUCUUAUGUAAACAUUUCCUGAAUACCACCUACUUUCUGUUUAAUUGAAUUCGAUUUUUCUGGAGCUUGGCAACGAAAACCCUCUUUGAACAAACUCAAAGAACUUAUAACCUUUUUCGUGUAUAAUCGAUUUUCCUUCAGUUCCGAUUUAGUACCUGAGUAUGGGUUGUCUUAAAAUAUUUUUACCACUUGCGUUCUGCAAAGUCACUCACUGAAAAAAAAUAUUUAUUUUAAAAGUCAAUGUUGUUAACAUAAACGAAGCAAUGUGAGGGAAACACUUAAUAUUAUAUUUCAUCCUGUAAAUUUGUGUCUGUGUUGAAUUAAUUGUCCCGAUAACAGAAACAGGUGAAAAAGUUGAAAGGAAGGAAGAAGGGAAGACAGAAUGAAAGCGGCACUAUCUGAAAAUAUGUGGUCGCCAACAAUUUUAAGCGCGUUUGCUAGAUAGAUGGCUCUUGAUAGCGUUUUGAAAGCCAAAUCUUCAAGCCACUGAAAGUUUAUAACUCCUUUCCCAAUUUGCAUUGUUUUAUGCAAAUAUUUCCGCUCUGAGGUGCCCAACCGAAAUGUCACUUUUUUUCUGUGUAAUACGUUCAGAGCAGGUGCUGUAUUUUGAAUGAAGAUCUCGAAAUUAAAAAUUCCAAAAUCCACUUAUUUCCUGAAGACCGUUUUCAGAAAAGUCCAUUAUUUUCAAUUUACUAUUGAAGUAAGCAAUGUAGCAGUCGAAGCAAUGUCUCUUGGCAACCUUUUAUUCGCUUUAAUAAAGAAAAUAGUUUCUUACUCUUCACUCUCUAAUGUUCUUACCGCAGUCAAUUAUUGCUCUUAUGCAUGAAUCAACCAAAUUUGCUGGAAAAGCUCCACUGGCCACUCGAUAAAUAUUGCCUUGACAGUGUAGUAUUGGUCAUUUUUUUCCAAGAUGAGGUGAUUUGUUUUCCCUUUCUUGCAAAAAAAAGAAAAAAAAAACAUGCCGCCCAUGAUACAACCACAACUGCCCGAGUUUUAUAUGCGCCAGGUAACAUGCGAUAAAUAUAAAAAAGUUUGACAUCCUUUUUGUUUUUCCAUUGUAAAAUAUCACUUAUUGCCCAAGGCAAGAAUAAAUAUCUUUUAAGAACCAAUGGCCAUAAGUACACUUAAAGGGGAACUGCUCCGAAAAUUGUCCGUAAUUCCACUCAAGCUUUGAUCUUAUUCUAACAAGUAUUCAUCUCAGCCGUGAAUCUCAAAAGUGGUGAUUGCAACGGCCACCGAAAAUUAGAAGGAUUUGUAUGAGAAAAACAACUUUUGCCACCCAGUACCGCUUACAUGGUUUUCCAUACAAAUCCUUGUAAAUUGUAAAAUUUUAUACUGUCGUUAAAUCUUUCCUUUACGCACUAAGGGCUCAAAUUGCCUUUAUGAAGUAAAAGGAGAUUUGAGCCCUGUAAUGCUUAAGGAAAUAUUUCAUGAAAGUUUUGAAAAUUUCGAAAUUACAAGGAUUUGUAUGGAAAACCAUGCAAGCGUGACUGGAUGACAAAAGUUGUUUUUCUCAUACAAAUGCUUCCAACUUUCGGCGGCCGUUGCAAUCGUUUCCUUUGGAGAUAUACGGCUGAAAAUUCUCAGGUUAGCUAAUUUUAAUAUGCUCUUUCAGCUCGUGCGAACAAAAUCUUUCAAAAGUGAACUGUUUUCGUGUUUACCGAAAGUUGAUCAGGUGAUCAAGUCAUGCAAAGAGCCUAUUACUUCAUCAAACGAUUAUUGCUUGAUAUUCUCUACAUACCUCUGAAACACCAUUUCUAAUAAACGGUAGCAAUACAGGCCGUGAGGCUGGAGGGAAGAGAGGGGAACUUAAGAUGGUUUACGUUUGCACAAAGGGUGAUUUACGUGAUUUGUAUGGGCAAGUUAGGAAUAACAUGCAUACAACAUGUAACAUUGCAGUUCUAUUUUAAAAUAUAAUUGACGUCUGAUAUCUUGAACAUUUUGCAAGAAAAGCUUUGUUAUAUUAAUGUGAUUGAUCCGAGAGCCCUGUUUACUUCAUGCAGGUUCUGUCCAAGUAUGUUCUUAUACUUGAUAACCAUGAUACCCUGUGACUGGAUAGCAAAGGUGCAGGUGCUUGACUGUGUUGCAUCCAGUAGUGACGCGGACAACUCAGCCUGCCUCCGAGCUGUGAAUGAUUCAGCUACAAUAUAUCAAGUAAGAAAGCUUGUCUCUUUACUCUAACACAAUGUCCUUCCAAAACUGACCACUACAGAGAUACACUAAAAUGUUUAGUGAAUACCGGUUUAGUAGAACACAAAACCCAGUGAAGGAGCAUCUGGAAUAGUACGCAUGAGGCGUUGCAUAGAUGUCAAUGCUGACGUGCGGCUGAGAAUGAUCUGAAGGAGAGGAGAGUGACAGUGUUCAAAAACGUAAAUGCAAUGUGUGGGGUGGAAAUUGAACCAUGAGAUGAGACUAUUCACAAGUUUCCCGUUGGCUAACCUGAAGAUCAGGCCCAAUUUUAGCAGCUCAUAUUUACCAAACGUAAAGAAAACAGAGCCUGAUCUCUGGUUACCCACUGGCUCGAUAAUUUUACUGUGCUUCUAGUGAGUUAUGCCAUAAUCAAAGAUGAUUCAUGCCUUUUGUUACAGCUGUAAAGAGCUGUCUGUAAAAUCUAAUUUCUCUUGUGUUUUAGUUUUUGAAAGGAAUUCAAAUCACCGAUGAUGAAAGGUUGUUGUACACUAUGGAGCAGGCUCUGGUACUGAUUCUGGUGAUUGGAAGGUGGCUUCUUCCAAAAGGAGGCAUUACACGUGAUCAACUGUCGCAGUUGCUACUCAUCUACAUAGGUACAGCAGCCGACAUCAUGGAGUUCACGGAGAUCAUCAAGGAAGAUGAGAUCAGGAGAACAAACCCCAAAAUGCUUCAGAAUACUCACUUUGUAAACGCUGUGAUUCUAUUUUGGAGCGUCAGUCUCUUCCAGUUCCCACUGACGGUUUACGCCAUGGAAAGAACUGCGCAGAGACUAGAGAAGGAGAAGGCUCAGCUGGAAGAACAGCUCAGAAAAAUCAAAGAAGAAAAAGAUACACGAUGGAGGAGAAAUCAAGUUGCGCCCUCACCAGCUUUGUACACCGUCAAAAAGGGCAAUAAUAAAGCGGGCACUGAACGGGAAGAAAUACGCGUCAGAUAUAUUCAGACCAAAUUUGGUUUGGAAAUCAAACCGGAAAUGACGUCAGUUACAAGUACAGACGAGGAAGAAACUAUUGACAAACAUGUUCCGCUUGGAAGAUGCCCUCGGUGCUGGUACAAGUUUAACAAGGCUGUUAAUGAGUUAGCUAUCAAAAUGCAAGACUAUACAGAGCUUAUUAGCCUGCUUAUACCUAUGCUAAUGCAGGACGGGCCAUUCCUUAUAAUUCGCUUAAUUGUGAUCGCCUAUUAUCAAAUUUACCACGACACGUUGUACUUUCUAACAGUCAAGAACGCCCUUGUUGUAAUGCUUCAGGUUUAUCGUAUAUUUGUUUUGUACUACAAACCACCGGAAGAGGACAUUGACGACUUUUUUCCAGAAAACGAUGUAUCGCACAGGCUGCGUAAUGUACAGACCGCCAUUAAAUCUGUGCAGCACACGCGUCUUGCCAUCAGACUUGUGUCCAGGCUUCAGCGACAAGCAAGGUGGCAUCGCGGACGUUUUAAAAGGAGAAGCGUACACACACCUAAUAAUCAAGUUGAAGCUGACAAUCAAAGAGAUCAGAUGCCUGAUGUAUAG